AUGGCAGCUGCCGUCGCCUCUCUCUUUGGAUACAAACCCAAUGUUCUCGUGGAAAAGAAGCCUGUCAAGGAGCCACCCAAGGCUCUACCAGCUUCAUGGUAUUGCUCGCCAGACUUGUAUGAAUUGGAACGACGGGCUAUCUUUUCCAAGAAGUGGAUUCUGAUCACACACAAGCUCCGCUUCACGAAGCCGGGCGACUACCUGCGGUUUCACGAAGCUGGCUUCUCCUUCUUCUUAUGCCUGGAUCGCGAGGGUAACCUGAAUGGCUUUCACAACAUUUGUCGUCACCGUGCGUUCCCUCUCGUAUCAGAGGACGAAGGCAAUGUCAAAAUUCUGUCUUGCAAGUAUCAUGGAUGGUCCUAUGGCCUAAAUGGCAAACUGGCCAAGGCACCGCGAUUUGACGAUGUCCCCGGAUUUUCCAAAGAAGACCAAAGACUGUUUCCAGUGCAUGUUCAUGUUGAUGCACUUGGUUUUGUCUGGGUGAACCUCGACUCUUCGCCUCGUCCUGUGCCCUGGGAAGAAGAUUUCAAAGGGGUCGACACCCAAGAACGAUUCCAGAAUUUCGACUUCAGCCAGUACAAGUUUGACCAUACAUGGCAGAUGGAUGGUGACUAUAAUUGGAAAACUUUGGCCGAUAAUUACAACGAAUGUUAUCACUGCACAGUCGCACACCCGGACGUCGCAAAUCUCGCGGAUCUCUCGUACUACUACACGGUCUCUACUCCUGGGCAUAUUCAACAUUUCUCUCGGCCAAAGCAAGACAAGGCGGAAGAUGAUAUCAAGAACGCAAGUACCUAUUACUUUCCAAACGCAUGCAUGACUGUCUCCCCUCACUUUUUCUACAUGAUGCGAUGCGUUCCAACUUCGGUAGGGACAUGCUCGAUGGAGUACGAAGUCUACCGACACAAAGAGGCUUCGGACAAGGAAUUCGAGCACAUUGACGGAUUCUUCAAGCGGGUACUAGCCGAAGAUAAGUGGCUUUGCAAUGAAGCCCAGAAAAAUCUUAAUGCCGGUGUUUUCGUCAAUGGCCAACUUCAUCCUGAGCUGGAAAGUGCACCGCUUUUCUUUCAAAAUACUGUCCGGGACUUGCUCCUCAAUCAUCGAAAGGAAGAGCAGAGAGAACAGCGAGAAAUUUGGCCCGCUCGUCAGCAUUCGGCUGGAUCAGCCACUGCGGAAGAUAUUAAUUUCUGUUCAGGAUUGGCAUGUUCGGCGGAGGGUAAUAGCAAGUUAGAGUGGUAG